AAAAUUUAUGGCUUCAACCCAAGAGCCAGAGAAGCAAGAGCACAAGGACAAAUGGGAGUCCGAGCAGCAAGUCAUCCCCAAGAACAACCUCCCGCUCGUCUUAGGCGGAUUGAUGUGUGCCGCUUUCUUGGCCGCCCUUGAUCAGACCAUCGUCGCCACUGCUCUUCCGACGAUCGUUCAGGACCUUGGCGGAGGCAACAAUAUCAGUUGGGUCGGAAGCGCAUAUAUGCUUGCCAGCGGCGCGCUCGGGCCACUCUACGGCAAGUUCUCCAACAUGUUCGGUCGCAAGCCAGUCUUGUACAGCUCUAUUGUCGUGUUCCUCCUUGGAUCCGCGCUCUGCGGCGCUGCGCAGAACCUGACGUGGCUGAUUGUUUGCAGAGCUGUUCAGGGCCUCGGAGGUGGGGGCAUUAUGCAGAUGGUCAUCAUCACUAUGUCGGACAUUCUACCUCUCAAGGAUCGAAGCAAGUUUGGCGGUGUUAUAGCUGCAACGUUCGGCAUUGGCAGUGUUGUGGGUGCGCUCAUUGGAGGGGCAUUUGCUGACCAUGUCAGCUGGCGGUGGUGUUUCUUCGUCAACUUGCCAACUGGUGGUCUCGCCGCCCUCAUCCUCUUUUUCUUCCUGCACCUCAAUCCCCAUGAAUCAAAGCCCAUCAGAGAGCACAUCGCUGAACUUGACGUCAUUUGCAUCUUCCUCUUCAUCGCUGGCGUCGUCUGCCUUCUCCUUGGGUUCAACUUCUCGCAGACCUCCUGGUCGACACCGCAGACCAUUGCGCUCCUUGCCAUUGGUGUUGUUCUCCUCAUCGCCGGCGCGAUUAACGAGAUCUAUACGCCACGCUCGCCAAUUGUCCCGCCGCGCCUGAUGAAGGCCCGCACACCCGCGAUCAUGGUCAUUAUGGGCUUCCUGCAUUCCGUCACGUUCUUCGGCUUAUCGUACUACCUGCCGACGUACUAUCAAGUACUCGGCGCGUCGCCGACGUCUGCCGGGGUCCGGAUGAUACCGUUCUCGUUCGGCAGCUCAAUCUUCGCGACAUUCUAUGGCUUCCUCAUCUCCAAGACGGGCCACUACCGCCCCGUGCUGUGGAUCUGCUGGGCGAUCAUGACGCUCGGCUGGGGGCUCAUGUAUACGCUCGACUACGACUCGUCCACCGCGAAGAAGGAAGUGUACCCGCUGAUCGCGGCCAUCGGCAUCGGCGGGAUAUUCGAGGCGCCCAUCGUCGUCAUCCAGGCGAGCAUGCCCCUGAAGGACAUGGCGACGUCCACCGCCGCGUUCGCAUUCAUCCGCACGGUCGGCGGUGCGAUCGGCAUCAACGUCGGCGAGGCGGUCAUCUCGAGCGUGCUGCGCGGUAGACUCGCGGGCACCCCUGCGCUGAGCGGCGUUGUGGGCGACGAGAGCGCGGCGAGUCUGAACGAUGCGCUGCGCAAGAUCGUGCUGAUCCCCGACGCGGCGACGCGUGACGCGCUGCAGCAUGCGUAUUCGCGCGCGAUCAGCACGAUCUGGCUGAUGAAUACGCCUAUUGCGGGCGUUGGCCUCGUUUUGUGUCUUUUUGUGAAGCGUUAUUCGCUCAACCGCGUUAUUGUGCGUGGGGGUGAGCAGAAGGGGGAUGGGGAGGCGCUCGUCGUAUCUGACGCUGCGCCUGCGACGACUGCGCCGUUGGCGGAUCUCGCUGCGGAUCUCGAGAAGGGAGAGAAGUCCACUGAGGGCACUGAUGAUGACAUCAAAGGGUCGUGCCCAGCGACGGUGGACGACCAGGCCCAGGACUCAGAGCGGGCGCACGGCUAAUUCAAUUCGUCUGUCUUCGUUUUCGGUUUUGUCCUUCGUAUUUUUUCGUAUUUUUGACAAGAUGACAUAUAGGUUUUCCAGCUCACCAAGGGGCUAUACACUCAUCUUUCUUCAUCUACCACCAAUUUUCCCCAUUCCAUAUUUUAUCUCCCUCACUCCACGGCUUAAAUACAGCCCUCCCCUCCCCUCGUCAUCUACCGCGACCAUAUGGAUGCUCGCACUCUCGACGGCUGCACCGGCUACCUCCCGCAUUUUACACGUGCGGGUCGUUCCGGCGUUGUUCCCGCUCGCACGUCACCGUUUCAAACUCGAAGCGAGAUACACGCUGUCUGCUGUUAACAACGCAAAGCAAAAGAACGGAUAUCUUCCAGCUGCUUGCAAGCCAGAUUGUCAGCAUGUCCACUACUAGAUCCACCGGGAAAUUGGAGCAUGUCAUGGGGCCACCCGGCAGCUUCUCUACUCAUCGCAAUGCUCUCUUGAAAAUCUGUCGCUUUCUUCCAGAGGUCUUGACCAAGGUAUUCGUCUACUUCAAGUCUAUGGUUUGUGAUCCCGCGUGCGACCAUCUCAGCAAGUACACGUCUGUCACGCGUCACGAUUGACAGGAGGUAGCCCCCACAUUUCCUCAGCUUGGAUAACGAUCAAGAUGGAUCGCAAAAACAGACAUCGUAUGCGCUCUUGGUGCAAUUCAAACAGAUGGUAUGGACCGUGGAAGGAAAUCGGAGGGUUCUCAACAAGAAGAGAUCAUACGUGGAGAGCUUAUUAUAUUCAUCGAAAAGCGAUGGAUAGGGAGAAUGCACGAUACUCACGUAUCCUUUACCAAUAUGUACUUUCCAAUGUGAUGUUUUAUACCGCAAUUAUGCAAUUCAGAUUUUACAUGUUCAUGUGGUCUCCCA